GUUUCCAAGAUUAUAACCUGUUUUAUGCAACUCUAAGAGCCAAAGAAACCUUACCAAAGGAUUAAAACUUGCUUAAACAAAGAUCCUUUCAUUUACAACUCUGCGGCUCUAAGAACAAGAAGCUCCAGCUUACAAAUUUGCAGUUUUUUAUUGAUACUGGUUAGUUACUAUGUAAUUUCUAAAAAAAAUCUGUUCUUACAGUUUAGAAGCAAUGGUGAAUGGAGAUGUUGGUGAAUGCUAAGGGUAGAACUAAAAUAUAUCAAGCUUUAAAACAUAAAUACCUUGGAAUACUCAGAAGAGCAACAUGGGAGAAACUGAGAAAAGAAUUGAAACCCAUAGAGUAAGAUGUCUUUCCAAGCUGAAGAUGUUUCUGUUGGCAAUAACAUGUGCAUAUGUAUCCAAAACACUAUCUGGAUCUUAUAUGAAUUCCAUGCUCACACAAAUAGAGAGACAAUUCAACAUCCCGACAUCUCUAGUUGGAUUUAUUAAUGGAAGCUUUGAAAUUGGAAAUCUUUUGUUGAUUAUAUUUGUGAGUUAUUUUGGAACCAAACUGCAUAGACCUAUAAUGAUUGGUGUCGGAUGUGUGUUUAUGGGCCUAGGGUGUUUCUUAAAGUCACUACCUCAUUUCCUCAUGAAUCACUAUGAAUAUGAAUCUACAGUUUCAGUUUCAGGCAACAUAUCCUCAAACAGUUUCUUGUGUAUGGAAAAUGGAACCCAGGUUUUAAGGCCAACGCAAGAUCCAUCAGAAUGUAUGAAGGACGUUAAAUCAUUCAUGUGGGUAUAUGUACUAGUAGGAAAUAUUAUCCGUGGAAUGGGUGAAACUCCUAUCAUGCCUUUGGGAAUUUCCUAUAUAGAAGAUUUUGCCAAAUCUGAAAACUCUCCUUUAUAUAUUGGGUUUAUACAAACAGGAACUAUCAUUGGUCCUUUGAUUGGGCUUUUGUUAGCAUCAUUCUGUGCAAACGUUUAUGUAGACACUGGAUCUGUGAACACAGAUGAUCUGACCAUAACUCCCACUGAUACUCGUUGGGUUGGUGCAUGGUGGUUUGGCUUUCUGAUUUGUGCAGUAGUGAAUGUGCUUACUGCCAUUCCUUUUUUCUUUUUGCCCAAAACACUUCCAAAAGAAGGACUAGAAGAUAAUCCUGACAUCAUUAAAAAUGACAAAGAAGAGAAACAAAGAGAAGAGAUCAAGCAAGAAAAUAGUGGAAUCACUAAAGAUUUUCUACCAUUCAUGAAAAGUCUUUCAUGCAAUCCAAUUUACAUGCUUUUCAUAUUUAUAAGUGUGCUACAGUUCAAUGCAUUUGUUAAUAUGAUCUCCUUCAUGCCUAAAUAUCUGGAACAACAAUAUGGAAAAUCAUCUUCGGAUGCAAUCUUUCUCAUUGGUGUUUAUAACUUACCUCCAAUAUGCAUUGGAUAUAUAGUUGGUGGUUUAAUCAUGAAGAAGUUCAAGAUUACUGUCAAAAAAGCUGCCCACAUAGGAUGCUGGUUAUCUUUACUUGAUUAUCUUCUUUAUCUUGCAUGUUUUCUCAUGACCUGUGAUAAUUCUUCAGUUGCUGGCAUAACCACCUCUUAUGAAGGAAUUCAACAAGAUUUAUAUAUAGGAAAUAACAUCUUUGCUGACUGCAAUACAAAUUGCAACUGUCCACUUAAAAUAUGGGAUCCUGUGUGUGGAGUCAAUGGCUUGUCAUAUAUGUCAGCUUGUCUUGCUGGUUGUGAGAGAUCCGUUGGAACAGGAAUAAACAUGGUGUUCCAAAACUGCAGCUGCAUUAGAACAUCACAAAAUUCAUCCGCAGUUCUUGGUCUGUGUGACAAAGGGCAUGACUGUUCCAUGAUGCUACAGUACUUUCUAAUCAUAUCGGCAACGAGCAGUUUCAUUUAUUCUUUAGCUGCCAUACCUGGAUAUAUGGUUCUUCUGAGGUGCAUCAAGUCUGAGGAGAAGUCCCUUGGUGUGGGAUUGCAUGCAUUUUGCACAAGAGUAUUUGCUGGCAUUCCUGCACCGAUAUAUUUUGGAGCUUUAGUGGACUCCACAUGUUUACAUUGGGGAACUCUAAAAUGUGGUGAGACAGGGGCAUGCAGGAUAUAUGAUUCCACCAAUUUCAGAUACAUCUACCUUGGAUUGCCAGCAGCACUAAGAGGAUCAAGCUAUAUUCCAGCCUUACUGAUUCUAAUUCUUCUGAGGAGUCCUCUACCUGGUGAAAAUGCUUCUUCAGGAACUGAGCUUAUAGAGACAAAGGUCACAGGGAAGGAAAAUUAGUGCAAAGAUAUACACCAAAAUUCCAAAGUUUUGAAUGAGGCUGAACUGAAAACUAAAUUGUAAUUACCCCAAUAUAUUAUCUGUCUCAGAAUUGGAAGACACACUGUACAACUUAACUGUUUUUAAAAUCAAUAGAGGUACUGUAGUUAAAUUUUCUUGACUUUAAGAACCUAAAAAAUAGUUUUAACUCAAGAUAAAGAUGUACACUAAUUAUAUUUCUGAGGUAGUAAUGGCACUUGAGAUUUUCCUAGGAGAGACGUUUAUAACUACCCUCCAGACAAGAUUUUUAGAGCCAGCUUUAUUUUUAUGUUAAUAUGAAAAGUUUUCUUUUAACUCAUGCAAAGUAAAGGUAUAUUUUCUACAUAUUGUUUUCCAAAUAGUUCUAAAUUAUCUGUUAUGAAAAUCUAUUUAAUGUCAUUGAAUUUGUGCUUUGAUACUGGGAUUAUUCGGUAUCAAAACUGAAGUUCUCAUUCUGCUCAUGUGAACUUUUAGAUAUUUUAUUAAAACUUAUCACUUCUAUGUGAAGAAAGCCUACAUCUUCUUAUUCUAUAUAGCAAUUGUUCUUUAACUUGUAUUCACUCCAGAUAUGAUUCUUUUAUUGCUCAUUAGUAUGCCAUCUUUUGUUUUCAAUUCUUUCUCUUCUUUUUUACCCCUGUCAUAUAUUUUGUCAUUUUGUUCAGAGUACUGACAAACUUGAUAAUUUUAUUAAAAAUCAUGUGGCAAAGUGGCAAA